AUGGCUGUGAUUCGCAGAGCGCCAGUCGUCCGAGCAGACGCGCUGACAGACAAGGCAGUGCUCGGCCAGGAUCCCUUGAUCCCCCCUGCUCUGCUCACCUCCGAGAUUCCCAUGACCGAGAAGGCCAUCACGACCGUCGUCAAGGGCCGCAACGAUGCCGCAGAUAUCGUCAUGGGACGCAACGACAGGCUACUGGUCGUCGUUGGCCCCUGCUCCAUCCACGAUCCGGCCGCCGCCCACGAGUAUGCCGCCCGGCUAAAGCAGCUGUCUGACAAGCUGUCCGACGAUCUGUGCAUUAUCAUGCGCGCCUACCUCGAGAAGCCUCGCACGACAGUUGGCUGGAAAGGCCUCAUCAACGACCCCGACAUCGACUCGUCCUUCCAGAUCAACAAGGGCCUGAGAGUGUCGCGCCAGAUGUUCGUCGACCUCACCUCCAACGGGAUGCCCAUUGCCAGUGAGAUGCUCGACACCAUCUCCCCACAGUUCCUUGCCGACUGCAUCUCAGUCGGCGCUAUCGGUGCGAGGACCACGGAGUCUCAGUUGCAUCGCGAGCUUGCUUCCGGCCUAUCCUUCCCGGUCGGCUUCAAGAACGGCACCGACGGCAAUCUCGGCGUUGCCAUUGACGCCAUCGGGGCUGCGGCUUCCAAGCACCACUUCAUGGGUGUGACCAAGCAGGGUUUGGCUGCUAUCACGCGCACCAAGGGCAAUGAGCACGGUUUCGUCAUUCUUCGCGGAGGAACAAAGGGCCCCAACUUCGACAAGGAGAGCGUCCAGGCCGCCAAGAAGACGCUGACGGACAAGGGCCAGAAGCAGGCCAUCAUGAUCGACUGCUCCCAUGGCAACUCGCAAAAGAACCACAACAAUCAGCCCAAGGUUGCCAAGGUUAUUGCCGACCAACUGCGCGAGGGUGAGCGCUCCAUCAUUGGCGUGAUGAUCGAGUCAAACAUCCACGAGGGUAACCAAAAGGUGCCUGCCGAGGGUCCGUCUGGCUUGAAGCGCGGUGUCAGCAUCACGGACGCGUGCAUCAACUGGGAGGACACCGUGACUGUGCUGGAGGACUUGGCCGAGGCUAUCCGCGCCCGGCGCGCCAUCAACGGCAGCUCCGGCGCUGGCGAGGAUGCCAAAGUGAGCAUGCUGGAGGAGGACUAG